AUGCCUGGAUCUUUGAAUGACAUCAAUGUUGUCAACCGGUCACCACUGAUGAAUAAGAUUGCAAAUGGUGAGUUGCCACCGGUGCAGUUUGUAGCAAAUGGUCGUACAUACAACUAUGGCUAUUAUCUAGCGGAUGGCAUCUAUCCAAAGUGGCAAACCUUCGUCAAGUCGUUAAAAAGUCGGAAGGUGGUUACCUGCUGGCGUGCCAUGCUAAACUGCCGUUGUCUUGUUCGUGCCUUCUCCUAUGAUGAUGAGAAGGGCGGGGAGCACACGACGGCGCCGGCGGUCGCGGAAUGUAGUUGCCGGUUGUGCGCAGCUGAGGACGACUUCCCUGGCUGCGCAUGCAGAUUCUUGGAGGAUGACCCCGACGGCCUCGACCAGAAUGAACCGUGGUAG